AUGGGCAAUUAUAGCACACUACAUCCCGUCCAGCGAUUUGUGUGCAGCUUCCUCGUCUGCCGCAAAUGGCACGAUCUGUUCAUGCCCUUCUUGUGGGGAGAUCCAGCCUCGCACUUUGGUAUUGAAAAUGAUGCUGUCUAUGGUAAACCUUGUCGACACGUACGCACCUGCAACAAAGCUAACAGGACACUAGUUGCCCUCACUCGGUUCCGCAGAACCCUAAAAUAUGCAAGACCAGAAGUAAGAGCGCUAACUCACACGCUCCAUAUGCCGCCUGCUUUAUCGGAAAUCUAUGAUGGCCCAAGGUCUGGCUGGCUCCGAGACAUACUAGAGUAUCUCCCCUGCCUGCAGUGCUUGAUGGUUUCAAACCUGCCAUUUUUUGAUUACAAUGCGAUGGCAGCGUUGAAAUCCCAAGAAUCUUCUGUGCAGUACAAUAUUCGUCUGCUUUUGGCAGACCAUGAGCCCAAUACGACUUCUUCAAUAUUGGCAGAGACUCUUCUUCGGUUUCCCUUGCUCAUCUAUCUUGAUCUUUCCUAUACCAGAUCAGCGCGAGACCGAGGUGUUCUGGCAUCGAUAUCCCAACUUCCGCAUCUCCAGGUAUUGAAACUACGCGGAAUAGGCCUCAAAGAUGCCGAUGCCGAAUUCCUAGCUAAUGCUAUUGAGAAAAGGGUCCGGUUCUUGGACGUGCGCAACAACAUGCUCACAGAUAUGGCGGUUCGUUCCUUGUUACAAGCGUCAUUCCAGGCACCUGGCCAGGUGAUCCAACCAUUGCGCCGUACUGGUACCUCACCAGAUCCAUACUCUCACUCCGUCGUGAAAGGGCCCGGCUCUGAGCUCUUGAAGUCGCCCCGGCUUGAUGAGCACUACGCCAAGAUCCUCUCCCGCCCUUCCACAGGCCAUACAUGGAUCGAGGAUUUGCCACCAUCGGGCAUCACACAUCUUUACAUUUCUCACAACGAUCUCACUGUUGAAGGUGUAGCAGGUCUUCUGGCUUCAUAUCGAUUGCAUGCACUUGAUGCAGGCAUGGUUCACACAGCAGACUUCAUUCAUAAGAAGACAUUAUCACCUAAACGAGGGAAAUACCCAGGCUCUGAAAAGCUUGUGCCUGUAAUUGGAAACAUAGCCGGGGCGCAUUUGACUUACCUCCGUUCACAUCAUGCAUUGGUUACGGCUGAGCCCCCGGCAAAAGAUUCCGCCCCUUUGGGCGAGUUUCUUCCAGAGCUGCCACCCAAUAGAGUAGCCAAUGAGCAUGAACUGGAUGCUUCAAACGACACUCAGGUCUACGAGCUGCCGGGCCAUGAUGUACCAAUUUUUGAACUUGCAGAUACAUCCCUUUCUGAGCCCGCGAAUCCUGCAACGGCUACUGGCAAGGUCCAGCCGUUACCUACACCAUACGAAGACGAGCAAUUGCCUUCUGCUCGACGAGGCUCUGCGUUUGCUCCGGAAGUGGUCAGAUCAGUAUCGAUUACAAACCAAAGUGAUAUUGGUUCACCGACUCUCAGUUAUAGCGGACUUCCUCGUUCAGGCACUGGGCAGACACUGAGUUCAUUACCCUCAGUCUCAGCGUUGGACUAUGAUACCCAUAGCACCAACACAAUCUCCUCGAUACCGCUCUGCAGCUCAUCUAUCUCUGGCGAUAAUCAACGAGCUCAAAUGAUCCAAGAACUGAUAUCGAAACGCCCUCGAAACCAAUCCCUCCCUUUGCGUGGCGGAAAGGAGAGUAGAUAUCCCUACUUGCAUCCAUCCCACAUACCACACUUGGAGACACUAGUCCUGACCGAUAUCCCAUCACACAUCCCGCACAACUCUCCCAUCCUCUAUACGCUCACCCGCUUCAUCACAGCUUGCUCUCAAGAAGCCCUCUUAGCCACCCUUCAAGCUGGAUCGGACUAUUCACUACCCCGGGCCAAUCCCGCUUACGAGCAGAGCAGCAACGAUCCCGCGCUCUUUUCGCCUGCUAGCCAGCGCAACAACCCUACAGUAUCGAGCACUGGCGACCGUGACUCCGAGUCCCUUUGGGCCGCCGCCGCAGACGAUUUCAGCUUCUUUGAUGACUUGGAAUGCGGCAUUCCCGCCAAUGAUCAGGGCAAAUACUUCCCCAUGGCAGCUCUCAACGAGAAGGUCACGCUGAUGCCGUCAGACGACGACUCCACGCACUCGGGCACUGACUCGCCCCUUCCUCAUCCUAGCACGCUGCAGGGUGUGACGUCAGCUGCUUCUAGUACGCAUAACCUGAUGGACAGUGGCAAGAAAGGGCAGCAGGGGACCUUGGUGCAGGAUGUGGAUCUCGUUGCGGAACUAGCUGCGUUCAGACGCUCGAAGAAGGCCGAAUACGAACGGGUUGUCAGGCGCGAGAGGGGCCGCCGUAGUAUCUCUGGUUCAGGGCUUACCACGACAAGCACUUCGCCACGGAUCGCCAUGACGCAUUUCGUCGAGGGACACUGGAAGGGCGAGGUGAAGAUUGUCAGGAACCCGAUACUCAAGGGCCGCAGUGGGGUUGUUGAUGUGUAUGGUAAUUACUUUGAGAAGGGCUACCUGUAUCCAUGA